AUGUCUCAGUGGAACUCUCAGUGGAACCCUCGUGAGAAUGCUGACCACUUAGACGAAGCAUUUGCUAAUUAUAGGGAUUUAAACGAGGCAUGGAAUGUAUUCCAAACCAGGUACGAAGGCUUCGGAAAUGUGUAUGAAGCUUCAGAUGAAGGUAUUGCUAGCACAUCUCAGGAAACUACAUACAACGUUUCACCAUUUGAUGAUUCAUUUUUUCAUCCUCCAACGAAAAUAAAGUUUAAAAUUCCUGAAUUUUUGCAAGACUGCGUACGUUCAUUUAACAAUAGACGGGCAGGGAAAUUGGUUUUCGUUUUCACGUCUACGAAACAUUUUGCAGCGAUGGACAGAAUUAAAAGAAAUAUAUUUCGAUUUGUUUUCAUCGCGAUGUGGAAGACAAGUUACCAGCUACUCUUGUUUGUGCAGUUUGAACGUGAAUGGAGAAUGAAGGAUAUAAAACGCGAAUUUGCGGGCUGCGGAGUUACUAGCGCUGAAUUUUUUUACGCAGUUAAAGUAAAGGAAACUUAUUCGAAAAUAGUUUCCGAGUACGGCCAGCCAGAGAUGAGCGACGGUACUUUACCCGGCACUGCGACGGAGAAAAGCAACCAGAAAUUCAACCACGCCCAGCUGGCGGAAUUUGCAGAAUCGAGAAGAAUUACGGACGUGCAGAUUUUAAUGUGGGAAUAUGCGCAUUUAGCGCACAGAGACUGCGAUAGAACCGACGAAAAUUCGAAACAGCACGACGAAGACCACAUUGAGCAGAUGGAAAAUGCUAGGAAAUUUCUGCACCUCCCUGACAGAAAAAGAACUGCAAGAAACGCAGGUGACGUGACUCGAGCAGCCAUUUACGCGGAAUUAAACAGAAUACCCAACAUUAAAUACAUUGAAAAUGAAUCGCUGAUUCUAGGCGAGAGACUUGUGGAACAAGCGAACUUUCAGGCUCUAGUUGGGCAGGCCAGUUUUUACCUGUUUAACGUCGUUGGUUUCCACAAGUUUAAGUGCACGGCAGUGAUUCUUCUGAGCCUUUUUAUUCACGCCCAUCCAAAACGAAGAUACGUAUGUUUAAAAGGACCAUACAAUUCGGGCAAGACCACGUUUGCUUAUGCGUGGUGCUCGUUCCUCAACGGAACUGUUUUAUCGGUGAACAUAGACCCUAGCCGCAUGAACUUUACACUAGGAAACGCGAUUGGCCAUAGAUACGUUUUGUUCGACGACGUAAAAGGAGAAGAGACGGAGGACAACUAUGAAUUUCUGGGCAAGGGAGCUGGUUGGUCGAACUUAGAUAACUACAGAGACCACAUCGAUGGACACAUGGAGAUCAAUCUGGAAAAAAAACACGAGCAAUUUACAAAGCAAAAGUUCCCGCCCGGUAUUAUUACCACCAACAAUUAUUUGAUACCAUCUGCUCUGAUGGAACGGAUACAGGUCAUACAUUUUAAAGGUAAUAAACCUAUGUUUGACCUACAUCCGUUCACUUUAACGAAAGAACACAUCUACACGAUCCUAGUGAUGCUUAAUUUAAUUCCAGCGGAACCCCACAUAAUACAGAUUAUGUCAGAAUCGUUCAUCAAGUGGCAAAAGGAAACACGAAAAAGGCUGCAAGUGUCUUCAGAAGUAUAUCCCAGUUUGGCAAGUUAAAGACAAGGACAUGACCGAAGAACAGGCAAUUGCAUUGCUGCACUCAAUGAACAGCGAUGAUGAUAACGAUGCAUUCAUUGAAUAAAGUACUGUACAUUUUUGUUGAUAAACAGACCUUUUUUUAUUUAGUCAUUUUCCCAUUUACUUGUAUUAAAUAGUUUUCAUACAAAUUCUACUGCGUUCAGCCACAUACCUCUGCAAAAGCUGGUGAAAAUUAUGUUUUUUAGCUUUUUGAUUUGUAAAACUUGGUUUAUUAUUUUAUUUAUUUUUGAUACAGAUGUAUUUGAAGAGAUUUUAAUGUCUGUAGCGAUGGAUUUUCUCUUUUUGCCAACAGUUUAACUUUAGAACCAGUACCUGUUUUUUUCAGGUGAUCAUUUGGAGUCUUCAUUCCGUGCAGAUGUAAU